AUGACAUCUGCACCGACAAUCCUUGCUACGUGCAAGCAGACACGAUUCCACUUGUUGGAUGAGAAUCCCUCAUCGGAGAUCGAUGUCGAAGGACUGAACAUCAUCGUAACAUCAUCCGCCCCUGAAUCUACAGAAGACGUGAAGACGAAGACAAAGGGGAAAGCAAAGGCCAAAGCUGCAGGAAGAGAGCUGAUCUCAGAUGCGCAUCUUCGUUUCAAAGCCGGUGUUCAUUAUGGCCUGCUCGGCCGCAACGGGACUGGAAAGUCAACACUUCUUCGGGCGAUGGCUGAGAAGUUAAUCCCCGGGAUUCCUCAUGCGACUCGCAUCGCCAUUCUACAACAAACCGACGAACAGGAAGAGUCUUAUGGCGCAGUUCUUAACCAGGAUAAGACUGUUUUGGAGUCGGUGUUGAGUAGUGAUGAAUCUCGAAACGAGUCUGUUCGAAUGGCAGAUUUCCUCUCGAAGAGCUUCGAGACCGAAGAUCCCAUGCAGCCUGUGCGUGCGAUUCGCAAAAUUCGACAUCAGAAAGCAGAGAAGCAUUUGUUCCUCGCACACAAGAAUGCCAGCCUGAAGAGUGGUGCCAGAGGUCUACAGGCGAGGAAGGAAUUGAAAGCCGCGGAAAUAAAACUCGAGGCGACUUCGGAAAAGUUGGCCCAGGUUGUAGAUGACAUCGAAGCGGACGAAGUUCAGGCAGAUACGCAAGCCGCUGUCGAGACGCUGCAGAGCCUGCAGUCCGAAUUGGAAGAUGUGAGUGUCAAAAUAUUCCCAUCAACACAUGUAUUGAAUUAG